UCUCGUUCUGUUUCCUAUUCCCUGGUUAACCCCUCCCUCUUACUCUCCUCCCUCUUGUCUCCCUCUCUCCAUGGGUAGUGCCGUGUUGAAGCUACAGUGAGUGCUGUGUGGAGUGAAGGCAGCUGUUUCGUGCAGAGCAGAACCCAACAUGUGAGAAGAUGUCUGUUGGAGGCUGUGCUUGCCCUGGCUGUUCGUCUAAGUCGUUCAAGCUGUACUCCCCCAAGGAGCCCCCCAACGGCAGUGCCUUCCCCCCCUUCCAUCCAGGCAGCAUGCUGGACAGAGACGUGGGGCCGACGCCCAUGUACCCUCCUUCAUACAUGGAGCCAGGAAUGGGGAGACAUACGCCAUAUGGAAACCAGACAGACUACAGGAUAUUUGAGCUCAACAAGCGACUACAGAACUGGACGGAGGACUGUGACAACUUGUGGUGGGAUGCCUUCACUACAGAGUUCUUUGAGGAUGAUGCCAUGCUCACCAUCACCUUCUGUCUGGAGGAUGGUCCAAAGCGCUACACCAUUGGCCGGACCCUGAUCCCGCGCUACUUCCGGAGUAUCUUUGAAGGGGGCGCCACUGAGCUGUUCUACGUGCUCAAGCACCCCAAGGAGUCCUUCCACAGUAACUUUGUGUCCUUGGACUGUGACCAGUGCACCAUGGUCACCCAGAACGGCAAGCCCAUGUUUACACAGGUGUGUGUGGAGGGCCGUCUGUACCUGGAGUUCAUGUUUGACGACAUGAUGAGGAUCAAGACCUGGCACUUCAGCAUCAGACAGCACCGAGAGGUGCUCCCCAGGAGCAUUCUGGCCAUGCACGACCCUCAGAUGCUGGACCAGCUGGCUAAGAACAUCACCAGAUGUGGUCUGUCCAACUCCACACUCAACUACCUCCGGCUGUGUGUGAUCCUGGAGCCCAUGCAGGAGUUGAUGUCCAGACACAAGACCUAUAGUCUCAGCCCCCGGGACUGCCUCAAGACCUGCCUCUUCCAGAAGUGGCAGAGGAUGGUGGCCCCCCCAGCCGAGCCAGCCCGCCAGGCCCCGAACAAGAGGAGGAAAAGGAAGGUUUCCGGCGGCAGCACCAUGAGCGGAGGAGGGGGCAACAACGCCAACAGCAAGAAGAAGAGCCCCGCCAACACCUUUGCGCUCUCCACCCAGGUACCUGACCUGGUUGGAACAAAAACCUGUACAGUGCCGGAGCUUGAGGACCGGAGUUGAGAACCACUACGCUAAACAUUAAAAACACACUGACACACACACACACAGACAUCACACACACAUUCACACAUGCAUACACUUGCACACAACACUUGGAAACAGAAACCCUUACCUACAUGCAUACACACACACACACACACACAGCGUAAGGCAUUGAGAUACUGGAGAGGGUGUUCUCGGCGCGUCUGGACCUCAGCACCAGACGCUACUGAAGUGGGUUGAUUACUUUCUAUGUUCUUAAUUUUACUUUCAAUGUUUUUAUUUUUAUAACAAUUUCUUAAGGAAUAAACAGACAAGCAAGCAAACAAGCUAAACAAGAUGAUAAACACCCCCCAAAUAUUCUUUGCACUGUUUUCCACUCUUAUCUUCAUUCUAUUUUUAUUAUAAAUUGAAGACAUAUUUUGUUUUUUCUAUUAUCGCUGAUAUAAGAAUGAAAUAUCUAAACAUUUGGAACAUGUCAUUGGAGAUGAGAAUCUACGGUAUUAUGUAUGUUGUAUAAAUAUUACUGUUAAGAUCAUUUGUACACUGAUGAUGAUGCAUAUUAUUAUUGUUAUGAUGCUUCCAGCUUCCAUGUACGUCUAUGCUUGAUAUGUCAUCUGUCAACGUCAGACGAUGUAUGAUUCAGAUUCGCUUCUUAAAGGGACAGUCCACCCUUUGUUAAUGUAAUGCUGAAUCAGGGUUGGGGGAGAGAGAGUGUGAGCUGCUAUAUAGAGAAGGCUCUUUAAACAAACGCUCUAAUGACCAAGGAGAGGGGAUUCAGAAAGCACUUGUGCUGACGAUCAAUGUUUUUGGGUGAAUACAAUAUGAAAAACAACAAAAACCAAUUGUUGGAAAGCUUGUCGUCAAUUUUGCCGACUAAAAUGGAGAGGGUGUUAAUAAGGUGUUACAAAGGUGUGCAGGGGAUCUUGUACUGCUCCCCUUGGCCUGCAGCUGCACUGUGCUUCGCUGAGCUCCCCCUCCCUGGCUGACUACAUGUCUGAUCUCUCACCUCCAUCCAGACCCGCAGGCCCUUCUGCUCUCUCUGUCUCUCGGUCUCCCUGUUUCCAAUUUGCUACUCCUGAAAGUUUUGAAAAUACAUUUUGACAGCAUUGUUGUAAGAUAUAAAAUGGGAAGAGUAAAAAAAACUAAACAAAAAAAAAACUUUUAUAUUAACUUAAGUUUCCAAGGAUAACGUUUUUAAUCACAGUUUAGAGAAGCUACAGACCAAGAAUCUUUGUGCGACGCAGGCAGUAUGUCUAAAUGUUUUCUAUACAGAAUUAUUUUACCCGGGCUUGCCCCACCCCGUUCCCCACAUUUGUGUCUGUGCUUGUAUAUUUGAGGUUGUAGUUUCUGUUCGACUGCCCUGUUCUGUAGCCUUGUUUUUGCCGCCAGCCAUGACACUCCUGUCUCAUGUAUAAAUAUGAAAUUAACACAUCUUUUUGGUUUUGAUGAUUUUAAGGGUACAAUCACAGGUCAGGAGAGAGAAGCUCGUCUUUGGUUAAACAUACAAUGUAUUUAUUUUUCUAUAGUCUUCACUCCCUUUUUCCUGUGUACAGUCUCCUUGAUGUCUUUGUCACAAGGAGAGGUGCUGCUGGGUUGUUCAGUAUUCUGAGGUGGACACAAUGGCAAGCACUGACUUGGUGUUCUAUACAACUGGUUCAUUAUCACCAUGGUCAGAACCCUUGGAUAUUAAGAACAUGUUGAUGUCAAAGAAUCAUCAUCAUAUAUCCUUAAAUCAUUUAGGCCCCGUUUUUUUAGUUAGACAUCGAUGAAACAUUCCAUUUGGUUUUCAAAGCGUUUUUCCAGAGCAGUUAUUCAGGCCCUGCAGUUACGCAGCCUUACCACCGGGCGUCGCCCUCCGCAGCACGGAACACUGAGCAGCCCAUCGUCAUCGCCUCUGUCAUGGAGUCAUGCACAUUCUAAACCUCGAGUGUCUCGUUGAACCUACACACUGCUGUAUGUUGUUUUGAACCAUCGUUGUUGUCUGUUCCCUCCCUCUGCGGUUGAGGCACAGCACUUCAGGAUACUGGUCAGAACUCCAACAUGGCCACCUGGACCCUCUUUUGAGGGUGUUGUUUGAGAUGUAUAACAUUUCCCUGUAUCACCCAUAUAGGGAGUGAUUUAUCUAUUUUGCUGAUAGUUUUCUGUUAUUGGUUAUUCAUGUGAGGUAUCAAUAAAGACAAAUUUUCACAUAUACAAAGA